GGUUAUUCUGUUGCCUUGGAGAUGAUCCUGCUGCCUUAAAUGUAGGACAGAAGAUUAAUGGUGUGGGCAGUAUGGACCUAAUGAACGGACAGUCCAGCAGUGUUAAUAUUGUGGCUACUGCUUCAGAGAAGAGCAGCAGUUCUGAAUCCCUAAGUGACAAAGGCUCAGCUGAACUGAAGAAGAGCUUUGAUGCUGUGGUAUUUGAUGUUCUCAAGGUUACACCAGAAGAAUAUGCAGGUCAGAUAACACUAAUGGAUGUCCCUGUAUUUAAAGCAAUUCAGCCUGAGGAAUUGGCAAGUUGUGGAUGGAAUAAAAAAGAGAAGCACAGUUCUGCACCAAAUGCAGUUGCUUUCACCAGAAGAUUUAAUCAUGUAAGCUUCUGGGUUGUUAGAGAGAUUCUCCAUGCACAAACCUUAAAAAUAAGAGCCGAAGUUUUGAGCCACUAUAUUAAAACAGCUAAGAAACUGUAUGAGCUGAAUAACCUGCACGCUCUUAUGGCGGUUGUGUCUGGCCUCCAGAGUGCUCCAAUCUUCAGACUAACUAAAACGUGGGCGUUACUGAGUCGGAAGGAUAAAUCUACAUUUGAGAAGCUGGAGUAUGUUAUGAGUAAAGAAGAUAAUUAUAAAAGGCUUAGAGACUAUAUCAGCAGCUUGAAGAUGACACCAUGUAUUCCUUAUUUAGGUAUUUAUCUCUCAGACUUGACAUAUAUUGAUUCUGCAUACCCAUCAACAGGAAGCAUUCUGGAAAGUGAGCAAAGAACAAAUUUAAUGAAUAACAUACUUCGAAUUAUCUCCGAUUUGCAGCAGUCCUGUGAAUAUGAUAUUCCUCUGUUGCCUCAUGUCCAAAAGUAUCUGAACUCAGUUCAGUACAUAGAAGAGCUGCAGAAGUUUGUAGAAGAUGACAAUUACAAGCUUUCCUUAAAGAUAGAACCAGGGACCAGUACCCCACAUUCUGCUGCUUCCAGAGAAGAUUUAGUAGGCUCUGAAGUUGGAGCAUCUCCACAAAGUGGACGGAAAAAUGUUGCAGCUGAAGGAGCCUUGUUGCCACCAACACCUCCUUCACCGAGGAACUUGAUACCCCAUGGGCAUAGGAAGUGUCAUAGUUUGGGAUACAAUUUCAUCCACAAAAUGAAUACGGCCGAAUUUAAAAGUGCAACAUUCCCCAAUGCAGGACCAAGGCACCUACUGGAUGACAGUGUCAUGGAACCUCAUGCUCCUUCCAGAGGGCAGGCCGAAAGCUCCACCCUCUCCAGUGGGAUUUCCAUAGGUAGCAGUGAUGGCUCGGAACUUAGUGAAGAGACAUCCUGGCCAGCGUUUGAAAGGAACAGGUUGUACCAUUCCCUCGGUCCGGGGACAAGAGUGGCACGAAAUGGCUAUCGCAGCCACAUGAAGGCCAGCAGCUCUCUAGAAUCUGAAGAUUUGGCUGUUCAUUUGUAUCCAGGAGCAGUCACUAUUCAAGGUGUUCUCAGGAGGAAAACUUUGUUGAAAGAAGGCAAAAAACCUACUGUAGCAUCUUGGACAAAAUACUGGGCAGCGCUGUGUGGAACUCAACUCUUCUACUAUGCUGCAAAGUCUCUGAAGGCUACAGAAAGAAAACAUUUCAAAUCCACUCCAAGUAAGAACGUGUCUGUAGUGGGCUGGAUGGUGAUGAUGGCAGAUGACCCUGAGCAUCCAGAUCUCUUUUUGUUGACAGAUUCUGAGAAGGGAAAUUCAUACAAGUUUCAAGCUGGAAACAGAAUGAAUGCGAUGCUCUGGUUUAAACACCUGAGUGCUGCCUGCCAAAGCAACAGACAACAGGUUCCUGCCAACUUGAUGACUUUUGAAUAAUGGGCUAAUUCAAA